GAGAAGAUGGCGGAAGCGGAAUUUAAGGACCACAGUACAGCUAUGGAUAGUGAACCAAACCCCGGAACAUCUUCCGUGUCGACGACAAACAGCAGCACCACCACCACCACCAUCACUACUUCCUCCUCUCGAAUGCAGCAGCCUCAGAUCUCUGUCUAUAGUGGCUCAGACCGACAUGCUGUACAGGUAAUUCAACAGGCACUGCAUCGCCCUCCCAGCUCAGCUGCUCAGUAUCUACAGCAGAUGUACGCGGCGCAGCAGCAGCACUUGAUGCUGCACACAGCGGCUCUCCAGCAGCAGCACUUAAGCAGCUCCCAGCUUCAGAGCCUUGCUGCUGUUCAGGCAAGCUUGUCCAGUGGAAGACCACCUGCAUCCCCCACAGGAAGUGUCACACAACAGUCAAGUAUGUCUCAGACAUCUAUCAACCUCUCUACUUCUCCUACACCUGCACAGUUAAUAAGCCGUUCCCAGGCUUCCAGUUCUACCAGUGGCAGUAUUACCCAACAGACUAUGUUACUAGGGAGUACCUCCCCUACCCUAACGGCCAGCCAAGCUCAAAUGUAUCUCCGAGCUCAAAUGCUGAUUUUCACACCCGCUACCACUGUGGCUGCUGUACAGUCUGACAUUCCUGUUGUCUCGUCGUCAUCGUCAUCUUCCUGUCAGUCUGCAGCUACUCAGGUUCAGAAUUUAACAUUACGCAGCCAGAAGUUGGGUGUAUUAUCUAGCUCACAAAAUGGUCCGCCAAAAAGUACUAGUCAAACUCAGUCAUUGACAAUUUGUCAUAACAAAACAACAGUGACCAGUUCUAAAAUCAGCCAACGAGAUCCUUCUCCAGAAAGUAAUAAGAAAGGAGAAAGUCCAAGUCUGGAAUCACGAAGCACAGCUGUCACCCGGACAUCAAGUAUUCACCAGUUAAUAGCACCAGCGUCAUAUCCUCCAAUUCAGCCUCAUCCUCUAAUAAAACAUCAGCAGAUUCCUCUUCAUUCACCACCUCCCAAAGUUUCCCAUCAUCAGCUGAUACUACAACAGCAGCAACAACAAAUUCAGCCAAUCACACUUCAAAGUCCAACUCAAGACCCAGCGCCCUCCCAGCACUGUAUACCACUCCAAAACCACGGCCUGCCUCCAGCUCCCAGUAGUGCCCAGUCACAGCAUUGUUCACCAAUUCAAAGUCAUCCCCCUCCUCUAGCAAUGUCUCCUAGCCAGUCACAGUCAGCACAGCAGUCUGUAGUGGUGUCUCCUCCUCCACCUCAUUCACCAAGUCAGUCUCCUACUAUAAUUAUUCAUCCACAAGCACUUAUUCAGCCACACCCUCUUGUGUCAUCAGCUCUCCAGCCAGGGUCAAACUUGCAGCAGUCCACUGCUAAUCAGGUGCAGUCUACAGCACAGCUGAAUCUUCCAUCCCACCUUCCACUUCCAGCUUCCCCUGUUGUACACAUUGGUCCAGUUCAGCAGUCCACCUUGGUGUCCCCAGGUCAGCAGAUUGUGUCUCCAACAUCACACCAGCAAUAUUCAGCCCUGCAGUCCUCUCCAAUCCCAAUUGCAACCCCUCCACAGAUGUCGACAUCACCUCCAGCUCAGAUUCCACCACUGCCCCUGCAGUCUAUGCAGUCUUUACAAGUGCAGCCUGAAAUUCUGUCCCAGGGUCAGGUUUUGGUGCAGAAUGCUUUGGUGUCUGAAGAGGAGCUUCCAGCUGCAGAAGCUUUGGUCCAGUUGCCAUUUCAGACUCUUCCUCCUCCACAGACUGUUGCGGUAAACCUACAAGUACAACCACCAGCACCCGUUGAUCCACCAGUGGGAAUGCAUUUGAACCAGUGUCAUCUGCACAAAGUUUUUUCUCUUAAGGUUUAUCAAGUAGAAGAUGUCUGUGAAGAAGAAAUGCCAGAAGAGUCAGAAGACUGUGUCCGGAUGGAUAGGACGCCGCCGCCACCCACGCUGUCUCCAGCAGCUAUAACUGUGGGGAGAGGAGAAGAUUUGACUUCUGAACAUCCCUUGUUAGAGCAAGUAGAAUUACCUGCAGUGGCAUCAGUCAGUGCUUCAGUAAUUAAAUCUCCUUCAGAUCCUUCACAUGUUUCUGUUCCUCCACCUCCGCUCUUACUUCCAGCUGCUACCACAAGAAGUAAUAGUACAUCUAUGCCCAGUAGCGUACCUAGUGUUGAAAACAAACCUCCACAGGCUAUUGUAAAGCCACAGAUCUUGACCCAUGUUAUUGAAGGUUUUGUGAUUCAGGAGGGAUUGGAGCCAUUUCCUGUGAGUCGUUCAUCUUUGCUUAUUGAACAGCCUGUGAAAAGAAGGCCUGUUUUGGAUAAUCAGGUGAUAAAUUCUGUGUGUGUUCAGCCAGAGCUACAGAAUAAUGCAAAGCAUGCAGAUAAUUCAUCUGACACAGAGAUGGAAGACAUGAUUGCUGAAGAGACAUUAGAAGAAAUGGACAGUGAGUUGCUCAAGUGUGAAUUCUGUGGAAAGAUGGGGUAUGCUAAUGAAUUUCUUCGGUCAAAACGAUUCUGCACUAUGUCAUGUGCCAAAAGGUACAAUGUUAGCUGUUCUAAAAAAUUUGCACUUAGUCGUUGGAAUCGUAAGCCUGAUAAUCAAAGUCUUGGGCAUCGUGGCCGUCGUCCAAGUGGCCCUGAUGGGGCAGCAAGAGAACAUAUCCUUAGGCAGCUUCCAAUUACUUAUCCAUCUGCAGAAGAAGACUUGGCUUCUCACGAAGAUGCUGUGCCAUCUGCUAUGACAACACGCCUGCGCAGGCAGAGUGAGCGGGAAAGAGAGCGUGAGCUUCGGGACGUGAGGAUGAGGAAGGUGCCUGAAAACAGCGGCCUGCUGCCAGUGGCACAAACAGAGCCGUCUAUAUGGACAGUUGAUGACGUCUGGGCCUUCAUCCACUCUUUGCCCGGCUGCCAGGAUAUCGCAGAUGAGUUCAGAGCACAGGAGAUUGAUGGACAGGCUCUUCUCUUACUCAAAGAAGACCAUCUCAUGAGUGCAAUGAAUAUCAAGCUAGGCCCAGCCCUAAAGAUCUGUGCACGCAUCAACUCUCUGAAGGAAUCUUAA